GGUGAGGUAGGGGUUGCAUGACACUCUGUCCAAAGCAAAUAAUUUUUUACAUGAAUACCUUUCCAGUGAAGUAUCUUUAGAAAGCAAUACUUCUUCUUUAAUCUAGAACAUACCACUUCCACUAAUAUGGGGCUUUUGGCUCAAAUUAGAUUCAGCAACCUGAUGGUUAACUGAAUCCAGGAAGUGCCUAGACCGUUAUGGUCAGUGACACUCUAGAUCUUUAAAGCUGUUAAACUGAAAGCCUGGAUAGAGUAUACAACUGCUGAUUUCCCAAUCUGUUAAAAAUCGAAAAAUGUCACUUUCAAAAUUAAGUGAUCAAGCCUUCAACAAGAAAAACCGAAAGAUAAACACUGUGACCAUGGACCCAGAAAAGAAGGAAAAGUGUGCAGCUCAUUUUCACCAUGGUGACAGACCCAGGAAGCUGCCAGCUAAGCCUCUUGUAUUGCAGAUCAAUAACAUGGAUCAUAGCGCAUCUGAAAAUUUGGACUGGAAUGAGAUAAAAAUUGUCGGCACCUCACAAGAUAUUACUAAAAAUUACUUUCGGUUAACUUGUGCUCCUGAUCCAUCCACUGUGCGACCAGUGCCAGUAUUGAAAAAGUCGCUAGCAAUGGUGAAAGCAGACUUUAAGAACAAGCAGGACUAUGCAUUUGCCCGUAAUCAAAUGAAAUCCAUACGGCAGGAUUUAAUGGUCCAAGGAAUUCGUACAGAGUUCACUGUGGAAGUGUAUGAAACCCAUGCACGGAUAGCACUUGAAAAGGGAGACCAUGAGGAAUUUAACAAGUGCCAAGCACAACUGAAAGCUCUAUAUGCAGAGAAUCUUGCCGGGAACGUUGGAGAGUUCACAGCUUACCGGAUCUUGUAUUAUAUCUUCACAGAAAACUCUGGAGAUCUAACAACAGAGCUGGCACACCUGACAAAAGAACUGAAGGCCGAUGCCUGUGUUGCACACGCACUCUCACUUAGAGAAGCAUGGGCUCUUAAAAAUUACCAUCGCUUUUUCAAGCUCUACAGAGAAUCUCCACGAAUGUCUGGGUAUCUCAUCGAUAAGUUUGCCGAGAGGGAGAGAAAAGCUGCCCUUAAGGCCAUGAUUAAAACUUUUCGGCCGGAUCUCCCAGUUUCCUACAUUCAGUCAGAACUGGCCUUCGCGAAUGAGGAAGAGUGCCAGAGUUUCCUGUCUUCUCUAUCUCUGGUGUUUGCAGGGAACGACGCCAGCAAGAUCGAUUGCAAGCUGAGCUUGGCGGUCUUGCCAAACUUCUAAAUCAGUGCCUUUUAUCAGUCCUGACUUGAGUUUGUUGUGGUCCCUUUCCCUCCCCCUGUUCCAGUUAAGACACUUAACUGCAGUUGUUUAUUGCAAUUAUUUAAUAAAAGUUACCAUGUGUAUAUAUAAAAACAA